AUGCCCACAACACAAGUCUAUUCAACAUCGCCGACGAGUUACACCUUCCCAACCCUCGACCUGAGCCAGACAUCCAACCUCUCACUUGAAGAUUACAGAUACAUCAAAGACCGGCGCUUCUACGUUGGCGACAACAUCCCAUACUUUCUCCCCAACGACGAGGAGGAAAUAGAACGAUGGCACAUGCUACAUUAUUUGACCCGAUACACAUGGAGAAGCAAUUUCUCUGCUCCAGUUGAGGAGUCGCUGUUCGUCAAGGGAACCAGAAUUUUGGAUGUCGGCUGUGGUUCAGGGACAUGGAUCCUCGAGAUGGCUAAUCUGUACCCCCAAUCCACCUUUAUCGGGGUCGACAUUGCUUCCAUAUUCCCCCCCGAUUCGACCAAACCGCACAAUGCCGGGUUUCUCCAAUGCAACAUUCUCAAUGGUCUUCCAUUUCCUGGCGACACGUUUGACUUUGUUCAUAUCAGAUUUAUGAACUUGGGAUUAACAGAGAGACAGUGGGAGGAUUUGGUUAUCCCCGAACUGGUGCGAGUCGUCAAGACUGGGGGAUGGAUCGAGAUUAUGGAACUAAGUAAUACAUGGGAAAAUGCAGGAGAGAGUACAGAAAAGUUGUUUGAAGCUAAUGACGCCCUCUUUGCUUCUCGCAAUCUCAGUCCCAAUAUCGAACAAAAUCUCGAGCAAUGUUUGAAAUCAUCCGAUAAACUCACAGACAUAUGUAAAGAAGAGCGAAGUACUGCAGUCGGGGCUUGGGGAGGCGCUCUUGGAGAACGGAUGAGCCAAAACAUCCGCCGUUAUGCCAAAUCCUGUAUCCCAGCACUAAGCGAAAUCCUCCAUACCAACCUCGAAGAAUACGAGGCUACUCUUGAAAAUUCUCUCCGCGAAGUCGACGAGAACAAAAAUUCAGUCAGAUCGUAUAGAAUAUAUUUCUUGGCCGCAAAGAGGAAGCUCGAUCUUUUUUAUCAGACCACAUGA